AUGCUUGCUUUCUCUCUAGAUGUAAGAAGCCCUUUCAAUUAGAUUUUUAAAUAUCUUAAUUUGUGGAUUAUUCAGUGCACUAUGAUUUUUUUUAUUAUAAUGCAAUUUCUAAGGCCACCAAAUGAUAAAAAAUUAUAGUAAUUUAUGUGGUGUGGGGAGACUAGUUAAAGCGAUUUCAAAUUAAUAAAUAAAUAAGAGCUAAAAUUCAAUAAUUAUUUUUUCUAUCUAGCUUAGUACUUAAAUUGCUAUUAAUCCUUUAAUCUCUCCUUUUCCAUUACUUCUAAAGCUAGCUAAUUUGACUAAGUAAUCUCAGAAAAGGAACUUGAGAAAAAACAGAAUGCAAAAUUUUAUUAAAUUUUUCAAGAACAGAAUGAACUAUCUAUCUAUCUAUAAAAUUGUAAAGAAACAAAAGAAAUUACUGCUUUAAUAGCUAGCUAGCUAGAUUUUGGUGCAUGUGAUUAUAUUGACUUAAUUUAAUUGAAAUAGAAAAAUAAAUUGAAAAAGAAAUAAAGAAACACUCACAAAAUAAAAGGAAAGAUUCAUUUCACAUAAAUCGAUCAACUCGACAGUUACAAUUUAUUAAAUAAACAAAUAUUUUGUAUUUUAUUUUGA